AUCCAUCAAGAUGAACGGACUUGUCAAGAACGGAAAUGUGGAGAAGCCAAACAAGUACUUCGAUAUCAAGGAUAAAAGAGAUUUUCUUUAUCACUUUGGUUUUGGAGUCGACACUCUCGAUAUUCCAGCAGUUUUUGGAGAUACCAAGUUCGUCUGCACUGGAGGAUCUCCAGGACGUUUCAAGUUGUAUGCUGAAUGGUUUGCCAAAGAGGCCAAUAUUCCAUGCUCUGAAAAUCUCUCACGGUCUGACCGUUUCGUGAUUUACAAAACUGGACCAGUUUGCUGGAUCAACCAUGGAAUGGGAACCCCAUCUUUGAGCAUCAUGCUCGUCGAAUCUUUCAAGUUGAUGCACCAUGCUGGUGUUAAGAACCCAACUUUCAUUCGUCUUGGAACAUCUGGAGGAGUCGGUGUUCCACCAGGAACUGUUGUUGUGUCAACUGAAGCCAUGAAUGCUGAGCUUGGAGAUACCUAUGUGCAAAUCAUCGCAGGAAAAAGAAUUGAGCGGCCUACUCAACUCGAUGCCGCACUCCGCGAGGCUCUUUGCGAAGUCGGAAAAGAGAAAAGCAUUCCAGUUGAAACUGGAAAAACCAUGUGCGCCGACGAUUUCUAUGAGGGACAGAUGCGUCUUGAUGGAUACUUUUGCGAUUACGAAGAAGAAGACAAGUAUGCUUUCUUGCGGAAGCUAAAUGCUCUUGGAGUACGAAAUAUUGAGAUGGAGUCAACUUGCUUCGCCAGCUUCACGUGUCGCGCUGGAUUCCAGUCUGCUAUUGUCUGCGUCACUCUUUUGAAUCGUAUGGAUGGAGAUCAGGUUCAAAUCGCCAAAGAGCAAUAUAUUGAAUACGAGGAACGUCCAUUCCGCCUUGUAACUGCCUACAUUCGCAAGCAGACCGGGAUCUAAUAAUCUUAAAAUCAAGAUUCUCAACUAAUUGCUUUCCAUGUUUCCUUACCACACGAAUAGUAUUCAUAUAUUUUCUCUAAUGCACCCCUCUCUAACUAACCCUUCUCUUCUAGAAUAAUGUGAUUCUGUUUGGUUUCAUUUCAGUCGAAAUAUGAAAGAAAGUUUAUGUAAAUAAAUAAAGGUUUUGAUUUUC